AUGUUGCCCAAAGCAAGCAUCCUCCUGAGCCAGAAAGCUUUUAUUCAGCCAAUCAGCAACAAGACUUCACAGCCAAUCAGCGACGACAACAGGACUUCACAGCCAAUCAGCAAGGGCAUUCAGAUUUCACAGCCAAUCGGAAAUAGAAACAGCAGUCCCACAGAACAGGCUAUAGAGACAGAGGAGAACAAACAGACAGAACUUGUGUUUGCUGAUUCGAACUCUCAGACAGAACUCGCUCCUGUUCCUCCUCAGGUCCCCAGAACAGACUCAGACCAGGGUGGAGAGAGAGACGGCGUGGAGAGUGUGGAUGGACAGGGAGGGAGAGAGCAAGACCCAACAGCAAAGAGACCUGGAGUGUCAAAGAGAGAGUGGUUGAAACAGCAGAAAGGCCAGUUGAACAGCUACAAGCGUGGAGGCAGCCUGCGCAGCAGACCCAGAGUGAGCUACACAGAGGAAGAGGAGCCCAAAGAUGAAGAUUACCUCUACUGUGAGGACUGUGAGUCUUUCUACAUUGAUGAGUGUGGGGUCCAUGGCUCCCCUAACUUCAUCCCCGACACCCCAGCUCCUGUAGGGGUCCCAGACCGAGCCAGACUCACCCUGCCACCUGGACUGGUGGUCAGAGAGUCCAACAUCCCAAACGCAGGUCUGGGGGUGUUCAACCAGGGUCAGACGGUGCCCAAAAGGGCGCACUUUGGCCCCUAUGAGGGAGAGGUGACGGACAGGGACGAGGCCAUAGAGAGCGGAUACUCCUGGGUGACAUACAAGAGCCGACAUGUAGAUGAGUACAUAGACGCAAAGAGAGAAACUCACUCCAACUGGAUGAGGUAUGUGAACUGCGCUCGUGACGGUGAGGAGCAGAACCUGGUGGCGUUUCAGUACAGAGGGGGGAUUGUGUAUCGCUGCAGUAAGCCCAUCGCCCCUGGACAGGAGCUGCUGGUCUGGUAUGGAGAGGACUACGCCAGAGACCUGGGCAUCACCUUCGACUACCUGUGGGACAUCAAGAGUAGCGCCAAAGGUACAUCACAAUGACACACCUGAAAUACAGAGGUGUCGGCGUCUCAGGUGUUCUCGUGCUCCUUGUGUCCGUUUUCCUACACGGCUCAAAUCUACCUCCACAAGCACAUCAAGAGGAGCCACACGGACGAGUACGUGAGACUGCUGAGGUCUGGAGAGAUCAGACCAGAGACUUUGGCACCUUCCAGAAGCAGUGACCAACACACACAGAAACGUUUAACUGUGCCGUCCAGGUCAACAUCCAGUAAAGUCGCCCCUAACCCCUCUUCACAACAGGAAGGAGCGAAUGACAAGAGAAGUCACCACUGCACUCAGUGUGGCAAGACAGAUCUCAAACUACACCAGCGCACUCACACAGGAGAGAGGCCGUACCUCUGCAAUCAGUGUGGCAAGAACUUUACUCGAGAGGGAAAUCUCAAACAACACCAGCGCACUCACACAGGAGAGAGGCCGUACCACUGCACUCAGUGUGGCAAGAGCUUUACUCGAGAGGCACAUCUCAAACGACACCAGCGCACUCACACAGGAGAGAGGCCGUACCACUGCACUCAGUGUGGCAAGAGCUUCACUGAUGGGGGAAAUCUCAAACUACACCAGCGCACUCACACAGGAGAGAGGCCGUACCACUGCACUCAGUGUGGCAAGAACUUUACUUCUACGGGUCAAUUAAAGACACACCGGUGCACUCACACGAAAGAGCCCUAACCAUGCGCUUUGUGAAACAAGAACUUCAUCUCAUUGCAGGAAGAACUUUAGGUAAAGAUGUAUUUGUAUUGCUGUUUAAUUAUUUGCAAAUUCAAGAGUAUUUAGUUUAGUGACAUAGUACUA